AUGACAUCAAUUCUGUCAACGGUUGUUCGAAUGUCUUUGAUUAUGGCUUUCGCCAUUUUUGGGAAUCUUUUUUUAAUUUUUGUGAUUCACAAGGGAAACAAAAUUUCGAGGUCCAAGAUUUCACCCGUUCAACUUCUAAUUCUUCACACUUGCUUUGCCGAUCUUUUAUUUGCUCUGCUUUCACUAGGCUCAGAAAUUGGCAUUCUUUUGACUUUUCCUCAUUUUUAUGCUUCUGAUUUGGUUUGCCGUUUAGUUCGAUAUCUUCAAGUACUUCCACUUUAUGCUAGCCCUUUUUUAAUGGUUGCUAUUAGUAUUGACAGAUAUCAGGCAAUUUGUCGUCCAUUAGUUCAUUAUACCAGCGAUCGUUUUCGACGCCCCAAUUAUUUUGGGUUGACAGCUUGGCUUUUUGCUUCGAUUUGCUCUGUUCCCCAACUCUUUAUCUGGCAAAAGAUGUCAAUUGGAAAAAUAAGUAACAACACUACAACGAGCAUUGUUGAAUGGAAUUUUGCUGAAAAUGAUAGGAAAGAACAAUGCCGGUCAAUUUAUGGUAUUUUUAUUUAA